UAAGAAACAGAAUUUGAUAAUUAAAUAAAAGUAAUUAAAGUCAUAAUGGAACAAGAACAUCAAUGCUCGACAUGCGACCAGACGUUUCUUAGUGAACACGAAUUGGAAAGACACGUGGAAACUCAUACGGGCGAAAGGCCGUUUCAAUGCAAUUUGUGCAAAAAAAGCUUUCCGUUUAAGAGUCAUUUGAGACAGCACAAGAUAGUGCACUCCGAUGAAAGACCAUUCAAGUGCAGUUACAAUAACUGUGAACAUAGCUUUAAACGAAAAGGCGACUUAGAUCAACACAUGUACACAGCGCAUUCCGAUGAGUUUUUAUCUAAAAUUACACCAAACGACCCGAAGAUAAUGAGCCGUAAAUGUAACUACUGCUUAAAAGUAUGUCAGUCUCCUGCUGCUUUAAAAAUUCACUUAAGAACUCACAACAGAGAACGGCCAUUUUCGUGUAAUUUUUGCAACGGCACUUUCACUUGCAAAAGUAAUUUAAACAGACACAUCAGAAGGUUCCAUCCAAAGGAGGAAACUCCAUCUUUCUCAGAA